UCUAGCUGACCAUGAACGUUGCUACAGUGUUUUGGUGCUUUGUAGUCGUUUUGUUUGCUGCGCCGACAGUGCGCGGAUUCGAGCAAAAUGAGACAACUUCUUCCCUCACCGGGUACGGGUACGAAUUAUUAACGGCGAAGCUGGAAUACAUUCAGUACAAGCUGAUCGAAAUGGAUUACACCAUGAAGGAAGAUCGAGAGGCUAUCGAACAGAAGCUGUCGGAGCAGAAAUCUCUUUCGAAUGGUUUAUAGUGGGCCAUCGACCAAAAGCUGUCUGGAGCCAUCAGUCAGCUGACCCAAACGAUCGGCCACAAUCUGACCACACUGCAGACACAGUCGAAUAAAGUGCUCUCCCAGCAGAUGGCCUGCGCCAACCACGAACAGAUGCGAAGGGAGAUCCAAACGCUAGCUCCAAAGAAGGAUCGAGAUCAUUUCAGGGCCAGUUCACCGUUCACUAAGAUGCAAACCUCUUACCGUGCGUGCAAGGAAGAGCCAUCGAAAGAAUCGGGAAAGUAUCUAAUUCAACCUACUGCGAACGACGAACCAUUCCUGGGUUACUGUGAGCAGACUGCUUUCGGUGGAGGUUGGCUUGUGUUCCAGCAUCGGUUUAACGGAUCGGUGGACUUCUACCGCAACUGGAUCGAGUACCGGAACGGGUUCGGAAGCGUCGAUGCAGAGUUUUGGCUCGGGCUGGAGCAUUUACAUCGCGUGACGUCGACAAGAUCGCACGAGCUGUUGAUAGAGUUGAAAGAUUUCGAAGGAAACUACAUUUACGCGCGGUACAGUGAGUUCGAGAUUGGCAGUGAGGCGGAACAGUAUCCCCUAAAGAAGCUGGGAACUUAUACGGGAACGGCAAAGGAUGGAUUGACUUACCACAAGGGUAUGAAAUUUUCAACGAAAGAUCGGGACAAUGAUGGCUAUACAAGUAAAAACUGUGCCGAGGAUUGCGGAGGAGCGUGGUGGUAUAAUGCGUGCUUCCACGCAAAUCUCAAUGCACGUUACAAUAAUGCUGAGGACACUAAAGCCAUAGUAUGGCACAAGUACAAAUCAUCUUACACAGGGUUGGCAUACACAAGAAUGAUGAUCCGGGAGGUUUAGUUGGGUCUUGUUUGCUUGAUAAUAAAAAAAACCAUUUUCAUUUGGGAUUACUUUACUUGCGUUCACCAUCACCAUCACAGCUAACCUGACGCGUUGUCUCGCUUUCAAGACGAUCAAAACCUUCUUCAAGCACAAAAGCUCCUCCCGCUCAGCUCUCAUGUCUGCCAAAUUAUUUCGAUCAAUUAAAACCAACAUUUGGCAUGGUUUGCAAAACUCUGCGAUAAAUCCUCAUUAUCUGCACGCAAACGCGUUUCUUCCCGAUCCAGCGACCGUAGCGCAACGGCCACGGUCCUUAAUCUCGCCUGGGAAUGCAAUAAAUUUCAUCACUCUAU